AUGGCUUUUCAAUUUGGGAACAAUGCUGCUUCUAGCAGUGGAGCCACGGGGACUACGACGACCACACAGGCGCCGUUCACCUUUGGAACGUUUGGGCAACAGGGAGCAGCCACGGCUUCUGCUCCAGGAGGACUAAACAACACGCCAACUCCGGCACCUGCCGUCUCAGCAUUUCCCACUGUAGGAGCUACGGCUGCUGCAGGGUUCGGCACUAGCGGAUUCACAUUUGGAAAACCCGCGGCAUCAGCAGCCACGACGACCCCUGCAGCAACCCCUGCAACCGGGGCAUCAACCUUUGCUUCUGCCAAUGCUCCUACCUUUGGUGGGUUUAAGGCCGCCAACAAUGCAACGACUACCGCAUCUGGCUUUAAUUUUGGAGGGGCUUUGCCGUCUGCUUUUUCCAAGCCUUCAGAUAACGCCGCACAAGCGGGCGCGCAACUGAACACACAGAACCUUCAGAAGCAAAUGGAGAACAUAACUCCGGAUGAUACCCUACAGAAGUGUCCACAGGAUUUCCAAAAGCUGGUGCUGCGAAUAGAUUCCGAGCAGGAGAAGGCUAAGAAAGCUCUCCAGACGCUCGAAUCAACAAUCGCAAAGAAUAAGAAUGAGUAUCUAACUAUCUGCGAACGAAUGACGGCGCUGAACCACCGGCUAUAUGAACUAGAGUCGUGUCAGACGGCACUAGAGACUGAGGCAACAUCACUAACGAGCCACUUGACCGCCCAGCGGGAGCUAGCAUACAAGCUAUCCACGAAUGACCCCGACGCUCGGGAGCUUGCAGCCAACUAUUGGGACUACAAGUUUUCAUCCCUCCAAGAGAAGCAUCAGCGCCUCCAGUCACAGCUACUCUGUCUAGCCACCGCACUGGGGGUCCCAGUUAGCUCCCGGAUACCCUGCCAGACUAUGGAUGAGCUAUAUGGGCUCCUGGAAUCCCUCUAUCAACAGGCACGGAUAUACCAGAUCAAAUUAGGCAUCGAGUAG